CAUUCUUAAAAAAAUAAAAUCAAAUUUUUUUUGAAACAAACUUUAUUGAAUGUGACUUUAUUUAUAAGUCUUUGAUUUUGUACGCAAUGCCCAAACGCAAAAACACUCUCAUUUGAAUAUCAUUCCAAAUUGAUCCGGAGUUGCAUGAACUCGGGGGUAGCUUAGCACGCAAUUCACUUCAGAGUUUGCACCCUCAGUCAAUUCGCGUCGGGUUUCGGUUAAGGUCCUACCAUGUUGAAGACCCUUUUGGUCUUACCUUUAUUAAUCUCGUUUCGCGGUUACUUAUCGCAAAAACCGCUUACGGUUGAUCUCCCAAAACAAGGUGUUUUACAAGGAAAAGAAAUUUCGCGCUUCCGGACGGAGAAGAUUCACGGAUUUUUGGGAAUUCCUUACGCUAAACCACCUUUAGGUGAAUUCAAAUUUGCUCCACCGCAAACUGAUGAUCUUCCAUCCUGGGAUGAUGUUAGAAACGCAACCGAUUUCGCACCAAGUUGUCUACAAGUUGAAAAGAUGAAGGAAUCAGAUGAACCGUUUUUUAAAAUUAUCAUGGAUGGAAAGUUGAAAACUGAUGAAGAUUGUUUAUAUUUAAACGUUUAUGUUCCUUCAAGUCGUGUUCCAACACAAGGAUACCCAACGAUCGUCUGGAUUCAUCCAGGAAGCUUCGUGUCUGGAAGUCCAAAUAUAUGGAACCCGUUCAGAUUGGUAUUGCGGUAUAACGUGAUCGUUGUCACCAUAGCUUACCGGUUGAAUAUAAUGGGUUUCUUUACGACCGGGGAUGGUGAAGCACCGGGAAAUUUUGGAUUAAUGGAUCAGCGUGCCGCUAUAACAUGGGUGAAAGAGAAUAUAAAUCAUUUUGGUGGUGACCCGGAAAAUAUUUGCUUGAUGGGUUAUGGUGCUGGAGCUACAAGUAUCGGUUUGCAUUUGAUUAAUUUGGAACUUGAAGGUUUAUUUUCUUCGGCAAUAAUUAUGGGAGGAAGUUUGUUUAAAUCUAACAGUGUGGGUAGUCCAAAGGUUGAUGACGUUUUGGAUAAAGUUGGUGUUAAUCAUGGUUGUAUAAGAAAGCCGACAUCUUUGCUAAUGCAAUGUUUGAGAAACAUCGAUAGUAAAUUGAUUGUUGAAGAGAAUCAAAAUCACGAUUGGAAACCAACUUACGAUAAGGAUUUGAGUAACAGCACAAAUCCUAUUAUUCCUGAAAAUGUUCGAACUCUUUUUGAACGCGGAGAAUUUAUUAAAGUACCAUUAUUAACGGGUUAUACAAACAUGGAGGAUGCUUUGAUGGUUAAAGAUAUUUUAGAAGAAAUGUUGCCUUCGAAUGAAACGUCUGCUCAUUUAUCCGCAGCUUUAAAUGAUUAUAUUAGUUCGGAUUUUUCAAUUUCUAAUGAUUCUGAUUCGUGCUCGUAUAAUUCUAAUCAUCUUAUGGAUUCUGUCAUGUUUUUUUACAGUCCAACAACUCCCGUUAAAAAUCAAGAUGAUGCCAGAAAAUUAGUCAUCGAUUUUUUGACAGAUAAAAAUGUAGCUUCAUCUACGUUUCUUCUAGCUACUUAUAUGAGCACACAUCGACCUACUUACGUUUAUAGAUUUGACAUGAAACCAAGUACCGAAGCUGUUUUAGUCGAUUUGCCAGAUUGGAUAUCAGUUCCGCAUCUUUUCGAUUUAUUAUAUGUUUGGGGAGCUCCAUAUUGGGUGCGGUUAUCGGGAAACUGGGACAACAGAGAUCGACUAACUGCUGAUGUGAUAAUGACUUUUUGGACAAAUUUUGCGAAACACUCAAACCCCAUGCAUUCUUCACCUUACCCCAUCAAAUGGGACGCUUUUGUUGAGGAUAAUCCCGGAAUUUUAUUGAUGGAUAGAACGUACGUCAUGAGUACAGCCGACAAAAUUAAUUAUAAAUCAUUUCAAUUUUGGAAUGAUUAUUUCCCAAAAGUUUUAAGCGUGGCAACGACUUGUUGCAACCCCAAGGAAGACGGACAAACAGUUUUUCGAUCAGACGUGUUAGUCGUAACACUAGGAAUUAGUUUCACUUUAAUAUUAAAUUAAAAUUUGCAGUUUGUUGUUAUUUUUGGAAAGUAGAUCAACAAAUUGUUAAAUAAAGAAACGAUACAAAUUUGCAGUAUUUUUAACACUACAUGCCUAUUGUUGAAUGUAAAUAAAACUUUAUAAAUGAAAUAAACGUAUCACACACA